AUGCAAGAUGAAACUGGAAAAUCGGAGCAAAAUGUUACCAAAGAUAUGAUUUUGGAAAAGAAUACUUCAGAGUCGAGUAAUUUGUUGAAAAUUUCUGAAGAAAUUGAUGUGCCAUUUAGAGUGAUACACUUGCUUCAAUUUAGAGAUGAAAAAUCUGAACCAUUAACUCUAAAGAAGGUUAUAGAACAAAAUGAAUAUGGUAAUAGUUAUCAAAGAUACACUUUAAACAAUGAAAAGAAUGUGGAACAAAACCAGGAUACAAUUGUACCUGAAAAGGACAAACAUGAUGAAGAUCAAAGCAAGCAAAAACAAGUUCAACCAGAAGAGCAGAGCAAUCCAUACAAUAAUACUCCUGACAAAAAGGACAAAAAUGAAGUUGAUCAAAGCAAACAAGAAGAAGUUCAACCAAAAGGGCAAAGCAAUCCAGAAAAGAAUAGUCUUGGCCAAAAAAAACCCAAAGAUGAUGCAAGAAUAACAACAUUAAAGGACAAGAUGCAAGAAAUACAUUUAGACAUAGAGAGAAACCCAAAAAGGACAAGAGGGAAAAAAGGGGCUGAAAAAGAGAAAAGCCCUAAAGAGAAAACUGUGGAAGAUGUCUUUCCAAAGACAACAAAUCUAAAAGAAGGACAAGAGGGAAAACAAGGGCCUGAAAAAGAGAAAAGCCCUAAGGAGAAAACUGUGCAAGAUGUCUCUCCAAAGACAACAAACCUGAAAGAUGGACAAGAGCAAGCCAUGCCAAAGCCUAAAGAAAUGAAAGAUACAACUACAAAUGAAACGCAAAAGAAAGGACAAAUGGCUUCUGAUUUUGUUGAAAUUGAGGAUGAAACUCAUCUGCUAAAUCAAAAUAUGGAUAAAGAUUUUGAAAAAAUAAGUGAGGAAACAGCUGCAUCAUCUCAAAAGAGUGAACAGUCAACCAAAAAGAAAUCAAGAUACAAAAUGGUUGCAAGGAAAAACAAAAAUAAAAGUCCUGUUGUGCCAAGUGGUAGAAUUACAAGAAGCCAAGAUGUCCUGUUGGAUGAAUCUGGAAAGGAAGGCCAGAAGCAGUCUGUUGAGGCUGCUGAAGAAACCAUGAAAAAAGGUGCUCCUGCUAAAUAUUCUGCAGCACCUCUUAAAAAAAUGCCAGGUGCUCCCGCUGAAAAAGUUGUACAAGGUGGAAAAAAGAAAACUGCAGAAGAAGUGAAGAAAACUUCUAAAGUUGCUGGCAAAAGAAAAGCAGUUGUCAGCCCUGCCAAGAAAAAUGCUGGGAAGAGGAAAAAUAUACAAGUACCAUCAGAUGAACCAUCUCAAGAUCCUAUUGAUGAAAGUUCAACUGACAGUGGAGAUGAUAGUGAAGAGUCAAUAUAUAAAGCUGAACCAGAGCCUGUCAGUGAGGAAGAUGAUGAGUUAGAGGAGGACGAGGAGGAAAUAAUUCCAAAGAAGAAACAAGCAAAAAGGGGGAAGGCACAGAAGUUGGUGAAGGCAAAGGCUUAA